AUGGCCCCCACAGUCGUCACCCCCGAAACCUUCUGGAUCAAUCCAACGCCCUCGGUACCCAACUCCCCGCUCCCCAUCAUCGUCUACCGCCGCGCCCUGCUCGACGACCACAGCCCGGACACCAUCCUCUCCACCAUCGAACCGAACGGGUGGUACAAAGGCGGGCAGUGGAAGACGUUUAAGAAAGCGCAUUUCCACGCCAACACGCAUGAAUGCUACGGCAUAUUAAGGGGGUCAAGUGUGUACAUGUUGGGGGUGGGUGGUGCGGAUUUGGGUGAUGAGGGGGAACCCGGGGAGGGGAAGGGGACGCGUUUUUUUGCGGAGGCGGGCGAUGUUUUCGUUUUGCCGGCUGGCAUUUCGCACUGCUCGGUUGAGUCGGAGGGGGAUUAUGAGUAUAUCGGGCUGUAUCCGGGGGAGAAGGAUCACAAGGGCGCUCGGUUCGACCUCCACUGGUGCAAAGACACUCCGGAAAAAACCAAAGAGCUCGCGGAGAAGGCUGGGAAUGUCCCGAUACCCGAGUGUGAUCCGUUGUACGGCCCCGAUGGGCCGCUUCCCAGGAUUUGGAAGGAAGCGAUGGAGAUUAAAUCGAAUCACUAG